CAAAACAUGGCCCGCGGGAUGUACACAAUUUUUUCCCAGCAGCAGCGAAACAGGAUACAAAAAGAUGUUCACAAAAAAGUGAAAGUAUAAAAACCAUUAAAACGGUCCAGUUCACCGAAGGACUGUAGUAAUACAGUAACGCGUUCAAAUAGUGAGUCAUCAAUCAACAGCGAGAUGUCGAAGGUGAUACUGGUGAUCUUCGUGGUCGGUGUUUUGUGGCUACAAGGAUCGGCCGAAGCCGCCCAUCGGAAUGUUUUGCUGCUACUGGCUGAUGAUGGUGGUUUCGAGAUUGGCGCAUAUCGCAAUAAGAUAGUUCAAACCCCAUCGCUGGAUGCCCUGGCCAAGGAAAGUUUGAUAUUCAACAACGCCUAUGCAUCGGUCAGCAGCUGUUCCCCUUCGAGGGCUUCGAUUCUAACCGGUAUGCCUGAACACCAGAACGGAAUGUACGGAUUGCACAACGGCAUUCACAACUUCAAUGCCCUAUCUAACAUCAAGGGCCUUUCCAGUGUUCUCGGAAAUGCUGGAAUUCGAACCGGGCUUAUCGGUAAAAAGCACGUUGGCCCUAGCGAAGUUUUCAAGUUCGAUUAUGAACAGACUGAAGAAAACCACCCGAUCAACCAGGUUGGAAGAAACAUUACGAACAUUAAGCUCUUUGUAAGGGAAUUUUUGAACGAGAAUAAACAAAAAGAUCAACCAUUCUUUUUGAUGGUGUCUUUCCAUGAUCCACAUCGAUGUGGUCAUAUAACUCCUCAAUUCGGUCCGUUCUGUGAACGGUGGGGAUCAGGAGAAGAAGGAAUGGGUUUAAUUCCCGAUUGGCACCCCAUUUAUUACGUUUGGGAUGAACUCAUCUUGCCGUACUACAUCCCGGACACAGAAUGGGCCAGGCGAGAUGUAGCUGCUCAGUAUACAACGAUCUCACGUUUGGAUCAGGGCGUUGGAUUGGUUCUGGACGAACUUAAGAACGCAGGAUUUGCAGAAGACACUCUAGUGGUAUACACUUCAGAUAAUGGGCCACCACUUCCAGCAGCCAGGACUAAUUUGUACGAUCCUGGAAUGGCUGAGCCAAUGUUUAUUCGCUCACCGGAUCCGAAAAGCAGAAAGAAUCAAGUGACCUACUCCAUGACCAGUCACCUGGAUCUUCUGCCUACUUUCUUAGAUUGGUUCAACGUAUCCUAUCCAGUAAAAGAAGACCUUUCUCAAGGCGAAUCAAAUUCUAUCGACCAAAAACCUCCUACUCCACAGCUCACCGGUAAAUCGCUCCUACCUCUGCUAUACGCCGAACCUCCAACUGACCCAGAUCAAGCUGUAUUUGCCUCUCAAUCAUACCAUGAAGUAACAAUGACCUAUCCGAUGAGAGCCAUCCGAACCAGACGCUACAAACUCAUUCACAACCUCGCCUAUCAGCUACCCUUCCCGAUCGAUCAAGACUUUGCCGUUUCCUGGACCUUCCAGGACAUGCUGAAUCGUUCAAUCACCAACCAGGAUCAGCGGUGGUACAAAUCUCUACACCAAUACUACAACCGCCCCGAGUGGGAACUUUUCGAUCUUAAGCUGGACCCAACGGAGAGUAGGAAUCUGGCCGGGAAGAGCUCGUCCAAGCAAACAUUCGAACAGCUGCAGAAGCGCCUGUGGGAUUGGCAAGCCCUUACGGAUGACCCCUUCCGCUGCCUGCCCGGUGGAGUUCUGCUAGAUAAGGGCGAAUACCUCAAUAACGCAACCUGUUUGGCAUUGAGGCAGUAGUUCAGUUUGAACAUUCGCAAUCUUUUCAAUAAUAUCUUAGAGAUUAUAGUAAUAAGCAUUUGGGGUACUGAAAAUAGAAGUUAUAUAGCAAAUAAAGAAUAUCAUUUUUUUCAUGAUUUUAA